AUGACAACAGGCAAGAAGACUGUCAAACCAUCAAAGUAUUAUAAUGACUUUGAGAACUACUUGAAUCAAAGACUGACGAAUGAGACAUUGAACUUAUUGUUUGAAUACUUUAUACAGACAUCGUUGGAUCAGUUCUUUAAGGAACAUCCAUCGCCACAGGCCAAACAGUGUAACUUUGGUGCCAAUGGCAACGAAUCAAUCUUUAUAACAUGUCAGCAGUGUUGCUCCAAGCUGGAGAACUACUGCAUGUGUCUCAAAUGCUUUGUCAAUGGCCCACACGAGCACUUUGUCGAUCACAAGUACUCCAUCUACAAGACAUCGGCCGUUUGCGAUUGUGGCUCGAGCUACAUGAGCGCCAACGGUCAUUGCUACUGCCAUGGCAAUCAAAGACCUGUGGCGACAGGUGAUCCAGACAGUGCGUCAUCAUCCUCAUCAACACAAACAACAUCAACAACAUCAACUUUACAAUCAACCUUACAAUCAAACAAUCAACAAUCAUCUACAUCAUUGAGCUCAAGUAUUAGUAGUACUAGUAGCAUCAGCAACAACAAUAACAAUAAUAAUAAUAAUAGCAUUGUUGGCAGCGGACCAACAUUACAUUCACAUUCGAGCGACACUAGACUAUUCUUCAGACUCCUGGCUCGAUAUCUUACCGACCUAACUUGCAACAAUGCCUUGUUGGAGGACCCCAGCAACAAGUUCAUCACAUCAAAGAUAGACACCAUUGUUCAAUGGACAGUGGCCACACUCACCAAGUCGUCAUCACUGGUCAGCAUCGUCUGCGAAGAGUUUGUUGGCCACGUGCUCGACCCUUCGCGCACCUUUCACCAGCACUUCACCGAGCCACCUCAACACCUGCUGCCCAUCGUCAAUGGACAGACCAGCGCCAAGAAGGUGUCACAGGCCCAGACCAAAGGCCAGCCCUUGGACUACGACACAGCAUAUCCACGUGACAAUCUAAGCAAGCUGUUGGUGUCUGAUUGCUACAUCAACAUCGUAUAUCCACUGCUGAUCCAUCUCAUCUGCAAUGAUACGCCGUUCAAGUCCACUUUCAUUCGACACUACAUCAAACUAUACAGCCAAUUCUUUAUCAAUGGACUCAAGAAACAGAUCAGCAACUGUUCAUGUAUCCUCUCUGUCACCUACAUUGGUGAGGAUGCCAUGGUCAGCUACCUCUCACGUGUCGAGGCCGAGUACCAAAGCAACAACAUCAUCCAUGUUCUGUUGACAACAAAUGUUAAGCUUGUCAAUGAGCUGCUCCUCAAGUGCUACGAUAGACCAAGACAACAGGAAUACAUGUUCUGGAUGAAGUAUGAUCUCAACUUGUUGUUGGUCAUACUCAAGAAUAAGGAGGUGGCAUCAUUCGUUAUGAGUGAUCGUGGGUCAUUCUUGUUGGAUGCCAUAUUCAACUCAGCAAUGGAGAUGCAUAGAUUGAGCUCGUUGGACUCAUUACCAAACAACAAUAUCCUGUCGUUUGUUAAUGAUAUUGAGAUCACUAUGUGCAAGUUGCUCUCCGUCCUGUUCCAGACCGACACUGACAAUGGCAGUGCGAAUUGCGAACAACAGUUGACGGCACUCGCGCGCAAGUUUGUCGAGUACUUUGAUCACCUGGACGUGGCCAAGUACAGCAGUCACACAGCCUCAUCCGAGCAGGUGGUGUUCAGACCGCACUUCCCUGUUUAUCGUAUGAUGGCCUACCUAAUGAUGAAGAAUUGCAGCGCCAUCAGUGUUCAAUACUUUAUCAAUCAGCUCACAUUCAGUGAGCAAUCAGUGCGUACGAUGUUGACCACUGUAUUGAUGUUCCACAUGUCUGGAUCAACAUAUGGCAAGCCACAGGCGACAGCAUCACAGUUUGGAGAGUACACCACUAUGUUGGACCUGUACCUCAUUCAACUGGCACUUCUAAAGAUUGGUCCAACAUCAUUCAUCCAAACAUUCAUUGAGUGUAUUGGACGUCUACAUCCAUCACAACAAUCAUUACAAAGGAUGCAAUAUAUUAUGAAUAUGUUGGUUUCUGUUAUUCAGAAUAGACCUACACUCAAUCCAAAUCAAUCGGAUAUCAAGUACCAUUUCAUUCAGAUACUAUCUGUGUCUGAUGAUAUCAAACUGGAUCAACUUGGAUUCGUGUUUGAUCGUACCUCCAACGAGUUGAUGUCGUUGGUGCUCUCAGAGAUCUCCACCAAGGACAACAGGAAGCGAACGUUGAAGAAGGACUACUGGGACCAGAUCGAUCCCCAUUACAUCCAUCACAACCCCGAGGUAAAGAAGCGACUGGACGUCAACAAGUUGAGGUACCAGCUGAUACCCAACACCGCGCCACUGCCGCCUCUCUGCACCCUGCCACUCAGCAGCGCUUUCAUUCACAUUGUUGACGUGUGCAACGAGCCGUCCAUGUACCAGCUGUUGCUCAAGCUGAUGAUCGAACGACGAUACCCCAACUAUAGUCUGGAUCAGGCGGACCCUGUCAGGGGCCUGUUCAGAAACUACAACGCUGUCAACGAUUGUUUAUACAUCGUGUGUCUGUCAUUGCGCAUGUUCAAGGAGUUCACACUGCCAUCACUGGACCUUGUGGCCAGCAAUACGAUCAAGUCAUGCGUAGCCCAGUUCGUCGGGACCAAAGAGCGCAGGACAAUGGGAUCCAUGCCACCUUACUGCAUCACAUCACUUCUUCUCCCCAUCACAGUGCAUGUCAAGGCAGAGGCAACCACAUCAUCAUCACAAUCAAACACGAUGGACAUCUGCUUGUUGGAUACUCUGGUGGACCUGUGGAAGGACACCACCAACUCGAUGGACCAGGAGGCCAAGCCAUUGCUGCAGCACAUCUUCUCAAAGAUGUUGGAUGUUGACACUCAGUUCCAAGAGUACUUUGCCGCCAACAACAUUGGUAUCGAGAACAAUGCUGAGCAACAGAAGAAGGUUGAGGAGCAGAAGAAGUCAGUCUCGGACAAGAGGAAGCGUCUAAUGCUUCAGAUGAGACAGCAACAACAGAACUUCUCACCAGAGAUCUUCUACGCCAAUGUUGCAUCAGCCUCCCCUGCUGUGGCCUCUGACCAACCCGCCACAGUAGUUGCCUCACCCGUGCUACUAAGCGCAACACCAACAUCAACAACAACAACUCCAACAAUCACAUCCACAUCGACAACAUCGACAACGACAACAACGACAUCAACAGCCACGACGAUGAACAGUCCGACAGUCCCAACCCCGACCAUCAUCGUGACUAUGACUCCCUCAACUUCGAUGAACAAUAUCGCGGCAGCAACAACAAUGUUGCCAGACAGUGGAGUCGACACUCAUCAGCCAUAUUUGGACUCAUCACCGUUGGCCAAGAUGAACGAGGCGCUAUGUGUGAUUUGUAAUUCAUGCUCUUCAAAGGAUGAGCCACUCUAUGCCAUUGGAACGAUCAACAAGAACCCCCUGCUGCCACAUCAUCAACGCCAGGAGUUUGAACGAUUGAUGAACGACACCACCCUGACCUUUGACUACAGAAUCAGCUACCAAAAUGUCCGCAACCGACUGCUCAAGGACAUCAACACUGUGCUACAGUCGACAGAGGGACCCGAGAUGAUCCGUUCAAUGCUGCCCAUGGCCUUCCCCUACAUCUACCCAUCGUACAUCACAUCGUGCCAUCACAACAUCCACAAGAACUGCCUUGCCAAGCUGCAUCCAAACCACGCCCAAUCAGGAUUCAAGUGUCCACUAUGUUCCAACUACUCCACCACGAUCAUCCCGCUCACUCACCUUGGCCACUGCAACCAGGCUACCAACAGCCACUUCAUUACCUCCCUCGCACUGAAGGACAUGAGGCUGAUGAAGGCGCCAGUGAUUGACAAGUUCGUCUGGAAGUACAUCAUUCACAACAUCGAGACGUUGGAGCUCAAGUCGCGCCAGUACACUCUCUACACCAACGCCAACGACGACCCCUACUACGUGCUGUCGCAGGCCGAGUUUGAGAAGGAGCUGCUCACCCUGUCAUUGCUGUUCAACACGGUCAUGUCAAAUGCCAACCCCUUCACCACGCAUCACGACCUCCAGCAGGCCAACAGUCGAAUGAUCCGUGCCAUGGACCCAUUCAACCGUCACGCCUUUAUUGUGUACCUGCUGCAUCAUCAGCCACUACCACAACAGUGCAGUGUCGGUGCCAUGAACAGUGAGCGUGAUCGCCAGAUCAAGGAGGACUUGGUGCAGACGAUGGAGUCAUUCUACAAUCAAAUCAUACUGCAUUAUAUCUUCAAGGAGAAACCAUACACCAAUGCCGUGGAGUCACUGUAUGACAUUAAGAAGGCCAUACAGAACCAUCCAUUACUCACGACAAACAUCAACAAUCUGUUGCCAUUCAUGAGGAAGAUGUACCUAUUCUACAUGCUCUAUGAUUGUUUCAAGAAGCAUUGUAUUGGAUCGUCGACGACACCUUCCUCAUCAUCAGUGAAGAAGAGCCAUAUUGAGGACAUACCUCACACUUUGACAUUGGAGCAGUUCUCAAGCAUGGAUCACAUCAUGUCUACACUUGGAUAUCAAUCCAUUCAUCAGUACAUCCAAACUGUCAAUGUCAAGGAGUUCGAGAGGCAGAUGGAGAAGCAGCAAUGCUAUCCAUUCCCCUUGCGUCCAUACGACAGUGUGAUCAAGUUUAUAGACCUUCCUCAAACACACUUUAUGUUCUUAAAGGACAUAGUUUACCCAAUGGUUUACUGUAGCCAAUGCAAGCAGCUCGUCAUCAGACUAUGUCUAUUGUGCAAUCACCAACACUGUUCCACCAAUGAUUGUGACAACAAUGCCAAGAAUCACACCAAGAACUGUCCAGCACAAGCAUGUGGAUUGUUUGUUAGGUAUGAGGAUCCAUCGAUAUUCAUUAUGUGGCCAAACCAGACGAGAUCAUACAAGAUAUAUAGACAACCUGAUGGCUACUCAGCUACCUCGACAUCCAGCACCUCCGACAUUCUCUACACAAAGGGACUAAAAAAGAUCUAUCGAUACUGGAUCAAAGGAUGCACCACACAGCUGAUUGGCAAAUAA